CGGCGUGCGCGGACCAAGAGGACAUGCCGAAGACGUGGAUGGAGACCAGUUUGGACAAGGAAAAGGAGAAGGAUGUGCCCACACCAUCAUGUUGGUGUGGUGAUGUUUGCAAGCUGAAGGUGUCCACUGACCGCAACAAGUCAUGGACAGAAGGUAGAAGGUUUUUCGUGUGUCCCAACUAUGCACAUGAUCGUCGAAGGCCAACUAACGCAUAUGACAUACCACCGUCCCCUCCUCCACUUUGCAAGUACUUCACUUGGAUAGAUCACGAGGUACCAAAAGAUGUCCAAGAGGACCAACGUCGAGAUUGGUUACGGAGGCAGCGCCUAUUCGAGGAGUCCUAUGCACGGGGAUUGGAGCGGGAGCGUCAUGAGAAGGAGGCUCGUGAGCGCAAGAAGCGUGAGGAAGAGAGGGCACGCAAAGAGAAGGAGGCUCGUCAAGAAGAGAGGGCAAGAAAACUUGCAAGGGCUCGCGAUGCACAAGAGGAGGACGAGGCACGUGACAAGAAGGGAAAGUGGCCCCGUACUACUCAGUAGACAAAUGGAAAAGGCACCGACAUCGAUGAUGGACU